AAACCGGAUUGGCGCAACAGCAACAGGCGCGCCAACAGCUGCUUUAUUUCUCAGGGAGUUCCUCAAUCGAAGAACCUUAAUUCAUAAAUUAAAAGUGAUGUGUAAAAGAUAGCUCGACACCGCGCAGCAAUUAAUGAUAUCUCGGAUUGGUUCACUGAAAGCAGCCAUGACCAUCUACAAGCAGACGUGCACGAAUCUCCUGGAAUUGUCCUCGGGCAAGGUGACCGAGUGGCUAGACAGCUUUGAUUCUGUUAUAACAGACUGCGAUGGCGUCCUUUGGAUCUAUGGCCAGGCCCUGGAAGGAUCUGCGGACGUGAUGAACCAAUUUAAGGCCAUGGGCAAGUCCAUCUACUUUUGCACAAACAACUCAACCAAGACCCGGGCGGAGCUCCUAAAGAAAGGUAUCGAUCUGGGCUUUCACAUCAAGGAGAGCGGCAUCAUAUCUACAGCCCAUGCCACGGCCGCCUAUCUUAAGCGUCGUAACUUUAACAAGCGGGUGUUCGUGAUAGGAAGCGAAGGCAUUACCCAGGAACUGGACGCCGUUGGUAUUGCCCAUACCAAAAUUGGACCCGAGGUCAUGCAGGGAUCGCUGUCCGACUUCAUGUCAAAGCAUUUAAAGCUGGAAACGGACAUCGGUGCCGUGGUCGUGGGCUUUGAUGAGCACUUCAGUUUCCCCAAAAUGAUGAAGGCCGCCUCGUACCUGAACGAUCCUGAGUGCCUGUUCGUGGCCACCAAUACGGAUGAGCGUUUUCCCAUGCCUAAUAUGAUAGUGCCCGGCAGCGGUAGCUUCGUCCGUGCCAUCCAAACGUGUGCUGAGCGUGAUCCGAUGGUGAUUGGCAAGCCCAAUCCGGCCAUUUGCGAGUCAUUGAUCAGCGAAAAGAAGAUCAAUCCCGCCAGGACUUUAAUGAUUGGCGACCGCGCCAACACGGACAUCCUGCUGGGUUAUAAUUGCGGCUUCCAGACCCUUCUAGUCGGCUCCGGUAUCCAUCAGCUGAAGGAUGUGCAGCAGUGGAAGCUGAGCAAAAAUGGGGACGACAAGAAGCUCAUACCUGACCUGUACCUGCCCAAGUUGGGGGACCUGCUGCCUGCGAUUGUCAAGAAUUUGACGGGCGAAAAGUAAAUGAAUUAAUUGAUCGUGUGAGAGGAGGCUUUACGUUAGUUACAUAUGUUUAUGCAGGUCGCAGAAUCAACCAUUUUUAAAUAUCUAACACAAAUUUAUAGUACAAUUUAUUCGGCGGAAUAUAUACAUAUUUAAAUCUAAAUAAAUACACAAGCAUUUUGUAGCAGUUCACAAA